AUGCUCUCUUCUCUCACAUACUUGCUUCUUUUAAUCACCGUAACUUCAGGUAUCACAACCUUAUUUCUGUAAUUUUAUGUAUAUGUAACCAUCCUAUCAUUCCUCUUCAGGCGACGUCUUUGCUGACGUCAACGACUACCUGAAGCCUGCGAAGGUCAAGUCCAAGGUCUUAGCAGAUAUCGGGCGGACUUUAGUCGAAAACGAGAUUACCGACCACGAAGACAAGUGGGAAGAGUUGGUUCCGGUCGACAGUUUGAUGUUCCGAUAUAUCUGGCAAAUGGCUCGUCCAUUGGAAAUGGCUACCAGCGCGCUGUGUCCAGAAUGCAAGGAGAUUGUUGCAAGCACUCAAAAGUUUAUCGUCGAUUAUCCGGAGACUUUGAUUGCGGUAAGACAUAUCAAUUGUCAAUCUGUCGGGAAAAUAAUGUGGAUUUUUUGCACAUUGGAAUAGCUUAUCAUCACUUUGCGACGACUAGUCGCGGCCAGAGAUUUGUAGCGGAAAUGUGAAGAGGGAAGACAUUUAGCUGCGACAAGUCCACAUUAUUUUCCCGACAGACUGAUAUAUGUGUAUUUAUCGGGUUUUUCCUUAAACGAGGGCAAAUGAAGACAUAGAAACUUUGAUACUACGAAUCAGUGUACAACGAAAUCUGUCUAUAACGAAGAAAUUCAAAAGUCCCAAGAGUCAACUUUUGCUUACAAGGAGAGUACUUCUAUGGAGUAUGGAGUUACAGGUCGAGCCAUAUAUCAAAAAAUUCGCAAAAUUUUUCUGAUUCAGAAUAUGUAAAAAUAAGCUGCCUAAUUUUGGUAUGUAAGGGUGAAAAACCUCUCGGAACUUUUCUCGAAACACCACGCGUGGCCACGCAAAUGCCCUUUUGACCAAGUUUUUACCAAAUCAAAAGCUUGUUUUUGAGUUAACGUAAACUCUGGUAUCUUUACAAGCCUUAAAAUAUCAAAUUUAAUUUAUACUACACCUUAAUCAGUAGUUCCAAUGUAAAAAAGGCGCAUUUUCAUGGUGUUGCGAGAAAAGUUCUGAGGAUUUUUUCACCCUUACGAACCAAAAUUUGGCAGCUAAUUUUUACAUAUUCUGAAUCAGAAAAAUUUUGCGAAUUUUUUGAUAUAUGAGUCGACCUGUAACUCCAUACCCCAUAGAAGUUCUUUCCUUGUUAAAAACGCAUCUCCAUACAACGAAAAAUUCUAUUAGGAAUCAAUUUUUUACUCCCUUAUAAUUUGUUAUACAGAGGCUUCGCUGAAGUUUACAACGAAUUUUGCGAUACCUUAGACCUCUUGAUACGCCUACAGUAGCAAAUUACUGCCUUUAAUUCAAUGUUUUUUCAGCUCCCAGCCGCCUGUUCUCUUUUUCAACUCAAGAGCCGAGAGCUAGUGCCGAUUUGCGGUGUCACCUCAAUUGGCGCGUUAUUAUACCUCCAAAACUCUCAACCAAAAGACGUUUGUGAUCUAUUGUGCCACCCCAACAAUACUAUUGCCAAACGUGAAGCUGGCUUCGGCAUCGAAGACAUCUUGCAACAUUUUGGAAAGGCCUUCUAA